CAAACAUACAAAUGAAAUAUAGUUCUAUGAUUUUCUUUCAGGUUGGUUCAUUUAUUAUAUAAAUUUUCUAUAUUUCCCAGAUGUUAAAGUAAAGCAUUUUCAAUUCAAUCCUGUUACAAUCAUCAUCCUGAUUUGUCGAUAUCACUUCAUUGCUUCACAUUAAAGUACCUAUACCACCUUGUUACAAUGACCACAAUUAAGAAACGCUGUCUCCUCUGGGACUGGACCAAUACUGCCAAUAUCCCGCACGCUAUCGAGUCCCUCAACUUCACCGGUCCUAUCUCCUCAAUAGCAAACUGGAACGCCUGGGCAACUCCAGAACUCAGGAGCAGACUCCCUUUCCGUCCAACAGUCCGCGGUAUGGAUCAACUCACAGAUCCUAAUGAAUGGGGAAUGAUAUCCGACAACGAGCAUGCUAUCAUUCAUUACUUCAAUGAGCCAGAACGAGCGGGCAUUACGCCUCAGAAAGCGGCGGAGAUGUGGAUGGAGAAGAUGGUACCAUUGAAGAAGGAGAAGGGGAAGAUGAUUGUGGGACCUGGUUGUGCGAGUGAUGCUGCUGGGGAGAAGUGGUUGGAGGAGUUUAUGCAGAGUAUUUGUGAGAAGGGAGAACCGCCUGAUUAUCUGGGCUUGCAUUACUAUGGUCCCGAUGGAGGCGCUGCUAUUGAGUAUAUCAAGAAAAUACAUGAGAAGUAUCCAGAAUAUCCAGUUGUGAUAUCUGAGAUUGCUUCGAUAUGCAGAGAUAAGAAAGAUGUCUUCAAAUUCACAGCACAGGUGGCUAAUUGGGCGGACGAAUGUCCUUGGGUGUUUGAAUAUGCUUUCUUUGGAUGUAUGGCGAAGGUUGCGGAUGACUUCAUGAGUCCAGAGGCUCAAUUGAUGAACGAGGAUGGCAGUCUUAGAGAUUUGAUGAAGAAGCUUAUGAAUGAGCAACCAAUGACAGAGAUAUAAUUGCAUAUAAUCGAAGAUGGGAACAACAUUCAGGUCAGCCUAAUAUUGAUGUAUACUAGUGGCUGGAUCUGUUUUGCCCGCUCUUGACCCCGGAAGAGCGUCACACUUGGGUAAACUUGUUGAAAUGUAAAGUUGAGGCAACAGGAUGGAUUAAUGCAAUGAACAAGCCUGUAAGAUUACAACAUUAUUCCCGCAUUGUUUUAUCCACCAGAUAAUGAAUCUUUCAAUACUGAAGCAAGGGAAAAGCAGUGGCCGUAGUCAGGCUUACGAAGGUUAGGCAUUGCAGCGAAGCAUAGCCAGGAAAGUGCGGGAGCAUUGUCUUAAAGCACAGAGGGUAAGGUAUGCCAAUAAGCAAAAGCUUAAAUUUAUCUCAGGACCUUCAAAAAUAAUGAAGUUUAGUCUCGAGUGAGUAUCCGCUUGGAACAAAGACAUGAUGGGAAGACGUUGGAUGAAGCUCAGGCUUUCACAUGCCCAGACUGUUCGGUGAAAGGUUGUUCCAGCCUAGCUCCCGCCCCGAAGGCUUGAAGAGGCUUGCUCCUCGAAAUAAAUCUUGGCCCAUUCAUCUCACC